UGGUUUCUGCAGAGGCUGGGCAGAGAAAGAAGGCCAGUGCCCCAACAGAAGCACCACCUGAAGCUGGUGCCAUGGAUGUCCUGGUCCAACUCCUGCAACUGCUCAUGCUGCUCCUGAUGCUGCCCCUGCACCUGAUGGCUCUGCUGGGCUUCUGGAAACCCCUGUGCAAAAGCUACUUCCCCUACCUGACGGCCGCACUGGCUGACAAAACCAACCACAGGAUGGAGAGCAAGAAACAGGAGCUCUUCAUCAGAUAAAGGGGCUGAUUGGGAACCUCAGGGAAGGUGGCCCUGCUGGAGCUGGGCUGUGGCACUGGUGCCAACUUCCAGUUCUAUCCUGCUGGCUGCAGGAUCACCUGCCUGGACCCAAAUCCCCACUUUGAGAAGUUCCUGACAAGGAGCAUGGCUGAGAACAGGCACCUCCAAUAUGAGCGGUUUGUGGUGGCCCCUGGAGAGGACAUGAAACAAGUGGCUGAUGGCUCCAUGGACGUGGUGGUCUGCACUCUGGUGCUCUGCUCUGUGCAGAGCCCAAAGAGGGUCCUGCAGGAAGUCCACAGAGUGCUGAGGCCGGGAGGAGUGCUGUUCUUCUGGGAGCACGUGGCUUAUCCGCGAGGAAGCCAGGCCUUCAUGUGGCAGCAAGUUUUUGAGCCCACCUGGAAGCACAUUGGGGAUGGCUGCUACCUUACCAGAGAGACCUGGAAGGACCUGGAGAAUGCCCAGUUCUCUGAGAUCCAAAUGGAACGACAGCCCCCUCCCUUCAAAUGGUUACCUGUUGGGCCCCACAUCAUGGGGAAGGCUGUGAAAUAAACUUCCAUGGGGGGUCAUUUGCUGCCUCUCCUGUCCCCAGUCAGAAAAAGCCAUCCACAGGCAAAUCUGUCUUCUGCUGAGAGGGAUCUAAUCAAGAAUGAGAGAAGCUUCCCCUACCACCAUCAUCCCCUAGUUCCUCCCUCCCUCUGCCUGAGGGGAAUCUCUAGCUCUAAUAAAAAAAUCCUACCCUGACUAGAGGGAGGAAAACAUUA